AUGAGCAGUGCGUUUUCCGGCCAGUCUUCAUGGCGGACGCCCUUUUGCCCGCCGUCUGCGGAGGCUGCCGAUGCGCCUGGCAAGAGCGCAGCGCCACUGGGGGCCCUGCCCCUGGCGAGGCCGUGCAGGAAGCGGCCCCGCACGGCGGUGAGUGCGCAAGAGCGCUGGGGGCAGCAGGUGCGUCACACGCUUGACUCGCUGUGCCCGGCGGGGAAUGGGGGCGCCAAGUUUUCUCGCAGGCACGUUGUGUUGGAGACGUGUCGCGUUCUACACGACUGCUGGCAGUUUCGCGGGCGUCCACAAGACGCUUUUGAACCCGCACAUUCCCUGAGCAAAGUGGCGCAGCACCUGCUCACGGCGUAUGCCGGUUACGGCCUGACGGAGGACGGACAAUACCUCUUCCUGCAAGCUGAGGAACGGAUGCCGUACGUCGGAUUCCUGCUCGUUCUCUUGCAGCGGCUGCUGGCGGAGUGCGACGAGAGCCAGGGGGAUGCACGAACGACGACGACGACGACGGGGGCGGCGGUGUGGCCCCAGCGCCCGCCGCACCCUGCUGGAGACGGUGACCUGCGCCUCGUGACUGUGGGAAGCGCGGCGUUUGACCGGCUGCACGGUCACCCUGACGCUGCCGGGCACGCGGCGGAUGCGGGCGUUGUUGCGUGCGGGGAUCGACACGCCUCGGCAGAGGCGCUGCUGCAUGAGGUGAUGGAAGCCUCGAACGGACGCAGCGUGGUGCUGCUUGCGGACUGUCGCCUGACGGAGGAGGAUGUCGUCCCACUUGCCAAGGGCCUGCGCGCUGAGUACUUUCCCGCUGCGCCGCAGGCCGGAUGUGAGUGUGGUGUGAUGUGUUUGGUGCCUGGCGCGGCGGGGGGGACAGAGUGGGCUGCGGGAGGCACGUGCCGCGACGCCACUCUCAGGCAGGCAGUCAGCUGCGGCCGUUUUGGCGCGCGUAGCGUGACGGCUCACGCGCUUCUGCUUGGCCCCAUGGGACCACUUCUGAUUUGCCUGCAGCGAAACGGCCAUUCCCAGCCUCGGAGUGGCAGCGGCAACGAGGCCGACGAGGCGCGCUUGUGGGAGUGGCUCCAGUGUUUUGUGCGGGUGCCGCAGCCCACCGUUAUUGUUCAGUGGGGCGGCAACGGCAGGCCCAUGGAGGUGGAUGCGCUUUUUCGCCUAACCAGCCUGAACGACGGCGGUGACGGGGAUGAGUCUCCCUUGCGGCGGUAUCGCCGCUUCUCGGCGGGGGAUGCCAACCACCACAGCCACGGCGAUGCGUGCGGCUGCGGCUGCGGCUUCUGUGGAACAGUCCUAGUGCUGUAUGCGCGGGGCGCGACGCUCACGCUGGAGUCUGUUACGAGUUCAGCUGUGGGCGCCGGCGUGUGUCAAGUAUGGUGUGUGCGCAUUUCCCCACAUUGCUGA